AUGAAUCAACACAUCUCCAGCUGUCCCGGAUGGAGAAGUGGCCGACAGGUGAGUUUGCGGAAGCAAUGCGAGGAGAUCUUGGCACGACGGAAGAUCGCCCGGGCAUCCCAGUGGGCGGAGAUCGCGGCGCGCGUGGAGAACGAGAAGACGCGCGGCGCGCUCUGCGACGCUGCAUCGACACACACACGAUCUCGAUCGAACGCCGAGUGGUUGGGGGACUUUGACACUGAGCUCAAUGCCAUCCUGGCGAGAGGGAAAGAGGCCAGUGCUUGGGUGAGGGUCCGGGAGCGCUUGCUCUUCGAGGACAUGGACCGUGCCAGUUGGUUCAGCGCCGCGGGAGUCAGCAGCCUGGAGGCGUGCAACGGUUAUUGGAGCGCCAUGCAGAGAUGCAUCAGGAAGUAUUACUUUGAGGCGGCGCCGAAGCCGUGCAUCAAUGGAAUGAACGAUGCUGCAACGCCCACUGCGGGAGAAGCAACGCGGCCACCAAUCUCUUGUCAUGCUGAGGCUUCGGAGCGCAGCCAAAACCCAUGGAGACGCCCGGAGGUUGGGCGACGACAUGUGCAGCUGUCGAAGGCCAAGACCGUGGGCGAAAAGCUUCAGUCCUCCUUGGUUUGCUUGGCCGCGGCCGGGGCCACCGGUCCCCAUUCGCGUGGUGAUUGCGUCGAGCAAGGUGCGCAUCCGGAUUGGACCAAGAAGGGAGGAGAUGGCGUGGCAGUGGCACCGGUUCCCGGGAGUAGCGAGAUGUGGCUGGCCACCACCACCAUGAUGCUUGGCAGCAGGCAGCACGUGGUCUAUGAGCAUCCCCGGGAUGCCGAGACGGACACCAUCUUGGACCAGUUUCAAUGCCGCUCCAGCAAGGCAACGACCCGAAAGAAGCGCUUCUUUCAAGUGGCUCCAGAGCCCAAGGACAAGCGAGCACGGCCGGAGAAUGUGUCCUCGACGGAGCAGGAUGUCAACAUGCAGCAAGCGGACUUGCUCAUGUCAGUCUGGGUGGAUUCAGAUGAUCAACUCUCCCUGGAGGACUUUUGGUUUGCCACCGAGGUGAUGGGUGCGACACUGUCGGUGGACAGGGUCUUGAAGGCUGUGAAACACUUGCCACAUGUGUUGGCCGCAGCGGCGCUGAGAUGUUCAACGGACUUGACGGCCCACUUGGAGAAGGGCGAAGGAGUGGAGGCAGCGGCCUUGCCCACAGACCAAAGCAAGGAGGAGAAGUUCGCGCGGAACCAGGCCUUCUUGGUGCUGCACGGACGACUGCAAGCCAUCUUGGACGGUGCCAUGCAAGGCCUACGGCCGGCCCCCUCCUUGGAGUGGUAG